GCUAGAACAUUUGAUGGCCCGCGCUCGAUACAGGGGAUUGCGGCCGAUCUUCUCUUCGAUUCGCGCUUCUAGGGCCAAGGCGCCGCUAUUGAUCCACAGCCGGGGCGGCCACAGCGGCGGCGGCGAGCCCUGGCAGGAGAGCGUCUAUGUCGACAGGGAUCCCAGUCCCGUUCGCAGGCUUGAGCGUGUUCUUCGCGAGCACAAGAUUUGCAAGGCGGCGCCCAGUUGGCUGCCAUUCGUCCCCGGGAGCUGCUACUGGGUGCCUUCCAAGGAUCUGGCGCUUUUACCCGGCGACGCAUACGGCUUCGUGAAGAGUUUGGGGGCAAGCGAAGCGUGCGAUAUGGUCAAGCGGCUGCGCUUGAAUGAUUCUCCUCGGCUUCCAGCGGAAAAAGUGGUCAUUGUUGUCGAGCCUGUAGAUCCCGAUGAUCAAUCUGGAGACGCUUAAUGCUCCCAAGCACCUCAGCUGGUGAUCCACAGUGUUUCUAUCACUAUGGAUGGUAUGAAACGCAAAUUAAUGCCCGUGCAAACAUACUCCUCGAGUCUGAUCCCACGCAAUUUUCCUUGAGCUUGAGAUCAUACUAUAGACACUCCUUGGAAGCCAAGCAUCCAUCGUGAAGAAGGUUUUGGGAUUUGAUAUGGCCGCCGUGAUCCAUCGCCAGGAGGUUGUCUCAAUCGUUUCCUCUUCGUCCAUGCUGCCUGCACCUGAGCUCACAUAUAGUUUCGUUUUAUGCCUGUUAAUCUUAGUGUACUCGCCUUUGACAGAAUAUUCCACCGUCAAUUUUCUGAUACCAUUAUUCA